CAUUACUCUGCUGUUCUGGAGGAUCAGCUCGAUUUCCACUCUUACUGUCUUCGCAAGGGCACCCUGCGCGCCUAUAUAGAGACCGUGAGACUUGAGGAUAAGCUACGGGACCACCCUGCUUAUUUCAAUGCAGCAGCCUUAGCUAUUGAGCAACGUCGCGCCGAGCGUCGUGCUGAAGCUGAAGCCCAGCGCUCCAAGGCAGAUCAAGAGAGACGCGAACAAGGCAAACGUUCCCAGCAAAAUGCGGAUCGAGAGGCCGAGGCGGACAAACCUCCUGAAGUUGAAGAACUGGAUCCAAAAAAAUUAGCCCGACCUGCCGAUGCGCUAUCGGAGGCCGCACGCUAUCUGCAACCACUUGUGGAACUUUCAAACAGCCGUAUCGAAACUCACUGCCUGGCUUACGAAAUUUAUGAACGCAAGGAAAAGUGGUUACUGAUGCUUCGCUCGAUUCGUCGCGGUUUGGCUCUACCUGGUGCGGCCGAUCAUCCCUGGUUCAACGAAUGCACAGUACGAUUCUUAAAUCGCCUAAAACAACUGCCGAAGCCCACGAACGAAGGAGGUGCUCUUGUUCACGAGGUGUUGCUCGAGGAAGUUCGCUCUGUGUUCUCAGUCCCUACAAAAUCGCCACUUCCGGACGCUCUGAAGUACAACGAGGAGUUUCUACGAAGGAACUCCAAGUCUUUCAUGCAUGUUUUUCGAGGCACCCUUACAAAGGCCAUUGUCGACCCCGAAUCCGCCGCUUCCCAUCUGAAACAGUUGCCCAAAGCGUCAGCCGAAGAUCUGGGAGAAAUUAAGUGGGAUGAUCUUCUCCAAGCCCUGGAACUCCUCAAAAAGCAAGGUGCUUUGAAAAUGGCACCCAUAACGGACGAGUUGAUCGAGGAAUUCCGUGCCGCCUGCGCAAAACGCUUCCCCCUGGCUGCCGUUUUCCUUACUCCCUCAGAAUGGGAGGAGUUACGUAAAUCGGCUGUCGAGGCCUCAUACGAGUCAGCCCUCUAUGGUGCAUACCCUCAAACCGUUGCUGCUGGUGAUGCAGAACGUUCAACCGUCGUCGAGAAUGAGCUUGCUCCUGGGCUGAAGGCAGUUUCCCUAACCGAGCAGUCAGUUGUCAAUGGGAGCAGCGGCGGGGCAGCUGUGGACAGUCCAACCUUGAAUAAUGCUCAACAAUCUAAAGGCAAGGCUGGUAAACGCAAGAAGGGAGCAGUCAAUAAGGGGAAGGACCCUGCCUCCGUUACGGCUGUAUAG